UCAACAAGGAAGUAUUGAUUUCACUCAUAAAAGAAGUUUUUCUGAAAAUUACAAGAACAGGUAAUGGUUACUUUUGAGGCCGAAGAUGAUACCAUGUUUUCGGAUAGUACGAGUGUUGAAAGCUUUAAUCUUGAUGAAAUUGAUUUUAAUACUUCAUUCGAAGGAGGAGGAGUGAUUGAGUCAUAUCUUACUGUUCCUGUGUUUGUUAAUGAUCAGAAAGGCGAUUUUACAAUAAAUGAUCAAUCAAACACACAAAUCGUUCCUGUUGAUCACUUUGGACCCAUUUCAGAACAAUAUCCGGACACCUCACACCUCUACAGAACAAACAUGGCCUUUGAUAGCAAACAUGAAGCAAGGGAUUGGUGCGUCGAAAUGGGUAAAAACAACAAUUGUAUUAUUGUUACUCCAAGUGGUGUGUGUAGGAAAAGGAAUGUUUGGACCAAUGGAAAGGGUUGUAGGUUUGAACUGGGAUGCGAGAGGUGUGGUGUUUACAAAAGUCACAAGUCGAAGAAAGAAGUUGAGAAGUCCAUAGGCAAGAAGAGGAAAAAAGACACAGGAACGAAGAAAAUAAAUUGUCCAUUGAAGUUAAGUGUUCUGUGUGGGGAUGAUUCAAAAUGGCGUGUAACUGUCAGAAAUGGGCGGCAUAGCCACGAUCCCCCGGAAUCUCUAGUGGGACAUGUGACUUCGUCAUUGAGUGAAGAAGAGUAUCAAAGGGUUGUACAGCUCUACGGCGAUGGUGCAAAACCUGCAACGAUCCUUACGACUAUGCAACGAGAAUUCCCUGGAAUAGUUUGUCAUAUCAAGACUAUUUACAAUGCGAUUCUAAAAAGUAAGAGAAUAUCAGGGGAUGGGAGGACAUCAGUUCAAGAGUUUAAGCAUUUGUGUGCAGAAAAUCACUACAUAUUCCGAUCGAGAACCAACAUUAACAAAGAAAUUACAGAUCUGUUUUUCGCACAUCCCAAGUUUGCAAGUUUAGCCAACACUUUUCACAACUUUGUUAUACUCGACAACACAUACAAGACAAAUCUAUAUGACAUGCCGUUGCUAAAUGUGGUUAGCCAUACAUCGACCAAAGCUCCGUUUACAGUUGCACCAUGUUUCAUGCAAUUUGAAAGAGAAGAUAAUUUUGUUUGGGCAUUCGAGCGUCUCAAAGAGAUUUACUUGUAUGAUAAUGUGCCAACUUUGUUUCUAACAGAUUGCAGCCAAGCCAUGAUCAAAGCUGUGAAGAGGGUGUUCCCAUUUUCAACACACUUGCUUUGUACUUGGCAUAUUAACAAGGAUAUGAUGGCAUAUUGCAAACCCAUCAUAAACCCCCCUAAGAAGAAGAAGAACAACAACAGCAAGAACAAGGGUGAUGAGCAAGAUGAGCAAGAUGAGAUAGUUCCAGAGCUUAGCCCUCAAGAGCGAAUCCAGCAAACUGAGCUCGAGAAGGAAAAAAGAAAGAAACAAAAGUUCGUCACCGCUAUUGAUACCUUUUGGAGGCAAUUGUCAUUAAAGUCCGUCAAUAAAGUUCGGGAGGAGAGAAUGUUUCAUGAAUAUUAGGUGAUAAUGAACAAAAGUGGUUGCAGGCUACACCACACGUAAAGGAAAUGAUUGAAAGUGACAUGAGUGUAAUUGCUCGCCCUGGUGCUACUGUUGAUUUAGAACCCAGUUUUAAGAAGGUGAAAACAAAAGGUGGAACAAGCACAAAGUCAAGGUGGAACGACAACAAAAGACUUAUAUCCAAGCAUGAACUAGUGGACACAGAUUAUGAGGAAGAAGAUAAAGAAAAUAAGAGUGGAACAAUUGGGAAACUCAAAAGUGGGACUAAAGUUUUUCCACGAAGCGUACAUAGUCAGCCAACGCCAACAUCAGCUGUAGGUCUGGUCAGGACUAUCGGAAGUGCAGAUGAAGUUUCAUCCACAGUUAUACAAAGCCAUCGAAGAACAACGGCAACAGAUGAUCUCUCGCAAGAUGGUAAUUUUGUAGAUUAUAAGUACUUUCGGUAUGUGCCAGUUCACAUGAUUCCAUUCAUUACUUCCACUUACGAUGUUGCUAGGUUUGGAAAUUACGGAUUUGAGGUCGUGGAGAAACAAUUAAAUUUGGGAAGCCUAGCCAAGAGACUUAAUAUUACAGGGCCACAGUAUGUCAGGGAGAAAAUGGUAAAAUACAUGGAAAGAAACGAAGCAGUGUACAGAAGUAUGUGGGGUUGAUAUGAAGCAUUGGUUUGUCGAAUUACACUUCCUCGUAAUACGACAGCCAUUUCAGGUAACUGGAUGCUUAUGCCUGAUUGUGGUUUUAUUAUAGCCGACACAUUUUUGUUGUGGUGCACUACAUCGGGAAGGACGUAAGUUAUACCUUUGCUCCUGCUACUGUAAAAAUGUCAAAUAAAACUAAAAACAAGAGCAUAGUCAUGGGUUUCGUUGAGGGUAAUCACUUUAUCAGUAUGAAGUUGAGUGGGAAUUGUCCCUUCCCCCAGAACCCGACCUUAGCUACUGGGAGGAAGCAAAAAACGAAUGGUCUGAGGAGUGGCUCCGUAAGUAUGAGCUUAGAAUUGCCCAGUUGAAGUAUCUUUCUGGUCUCCAAAAGCUAGUUCCGAACCUGGUCUCAGACUCGGUUCCAAUAAAUGUAGUUGAUGAUUAAGCAAUACAUUGGGAGUAAGAAGCCAGCAUCAGUAAAUAGCUAGAAGUACGGGGUUUUUGUUUUGUUUUCUUGGGUAACUUGGAUCAGUAACAUACAUAGAAGCUAACAUCAACACAAUGAUCCAUUUUUUUUGUUGUAAUUAUGAAGUACGGCGGUACGUAGUGACAUAGAAUCACACUUUUAUAAAAGAAACAUGAUGAUCGAUGUACAUGUAAUAUAUAUAAACUAUUUUGCUACU